CAAAAACUCGAGGCGCAAAUUUAUCGCCAAUAAACAGGAUUUGCUGGCCAAAUCCUUGAGUGACUUUUAUUGUCAUGUUCAUUCGUUCUUGAUGUAGUAAAUAUCCUGAUCGCCCACAAUGAACCCCAGUCCAGACCUUCCGAUCCCGAUCUCAUACAUCGCGGGUAACUACUUUGUCUUUUCGGUCGACGCAGCCACGUUUUUAAGACGUGAGCACCAUAUAUGCGGCGUCCUGGCCGGGACUCUACCACAAGUACCACAGCAGAAUAUCUUCACUGGCCUGCCAUUGGAGCUAAUGCCAGAAGAAGCAAGGCUCCUGGCGGAGAAGGGCGUAGCUUGCAUUGUAGACGAGGUAAACUUCCAGAAGCAGGGGAUGAAUUGUCUCGUGGAGGAAGACCGCAAGAAGUAUCUCGAAGAACUAGAAUUGCAAGGUGUCGAGUCUAUGCAGCUUCAGGUGCGCCGAAAAGAACGGCAACGGGAGGAAGCUCUGAAGAAGAAGAAUGAGAAGGCUGCUGCAAAGGCGAAGAAAACAGAGCGGAAACAAGAUACCGCCGAGCCUGCGUCUGGAGAAGAUUCUAUCGUUCCUUUCUUUGACGAUGCCCAGCCCUCUGUCUCUCCUAAUCACGUAUCCUCCCGGCGUCCAUCGACUCUAGCCACUCCUGACGCUAUGGGAAUCACCCCAGCUGUAUCCCACCCGCCCCUUCCUCAGCAGCCGCCUGCCGAACAUCUUCUAUCGCUUCCAGAAGUGCCGUCUUCGUAUCCCCUGUUCGCACAUCUCCACUCUAAGGGCUACUUCCUGUCCCCCGGGCUUCGAUUUGGUUGCCAGUACAUGGCAUAUCCAGGGGAUCCGUUGCGGUUCCAUUCUCACUUUCUUGUGGUUUCAGCUGAAUGGGACGAGCAAUUGGACUUGAUGACAAUCAUAACGGGAGGUCGACUCGGCACAGGCGUCAAGAAGGGUUUUCUCAUUGGGGGAGCUGACAAGAGCCGUGGCGAUCCUGAAGAAGCAGGCGCCAAUGUGAGAUCGUUCAGUAUUGAAUGGGCAGGGAUGUGA